AUGUUGGUUCGAGAAGCUAAUAAUCUUAUUACUGAUUUAUGUAGUGUUCCAUCGGUUCGUAGCCCUACCCUGCUAAGGGUAGCAGAUGCAACUUCCAAGAAUGCAAUUGGGCAGUCUAGUGCUGCAUUGUUUGAAGAAACAAAGGAUCAUUCUCUGAAAGAGAUAAUGGGGUCAAGCCCUUCUCAAAAUCAAAACGAAGUUAUAAAGGGAAGAUUUAUUCCUGGUGACAUUGAUUCUGUUCUUGAUCAAAUAAGUGCAAAAUCAAGUGACGAGAAUGUUGCAGUUCAGUCCAUACGACAAGGUAAACAUUCUAGCUUCCAUGUGGAGGGUUCUUGGCCUCAUAAGUGGAGGAAGAUUAAUGGUCAACAAAUUAAUUCCCUGUCUUUUUCAUUAAGCUUGAAGGAGGAAGAUGCUGAGCAAUUAAGUGCUAAGUUUCGAGUUGAUGAACAAAAUGGGGGGAAAUAUGAUCGAAAAGAAAGGGGCGGAAGUGAAAACACCUCAUCCACUUUUAUGCAUAACCAAUUUGAUGUGGCUUCUGUCUCAAGUUUGCCACUAGAGUCCCUUGAAAAUCUUGAUCACUCAGUGGACAGAACAGAAGCAGUAGAUCCAUCCCGAAUCAUGUUUGGUUCAACAAAGAAAUGCCCUGCAGAUGAGAAGCAAAUUAUAUUGAAGGUUGGGGAUAAAUAUGAUUUUGCUAAUAUUCAACAUUUGGCUUAUAAUCAAAGGAGCAACAAAGAAAGAAAAUAUCAACUGGGAGAAGAUGGUGAGUUUUCAACUUAUCUAAUCAGUUCUCCUUGUCGACCACCUUCAGAUUUGAUCAAGGCAGAUCAAAGAAGACCAGAACUUGAGGGGUUUAUUAUUCAGACUGAUGGUGAACAACUAUGCAAUGGAGGAGAAGGCAUUAACUUUGAAAAGCUGCACCUUCUGAGUACCACAAUAGGAUGUACUAGCCUUCUGGAGCAGCUUUGCAAAUAUGCUUGCAUCCAUACCCCAUUGCCUCAAUUUCCAUCCACAUGUAGAUUGCACCAAGUAACUGGUCUUUACCAAUCUGUUCCUAAUGAACUUCUAGAAUGCACUGAAGAGCACUCUUCCUGA